AUGGUUCCAAACCGUCAACGCGUCUAUGCUACGCACCCCUACCACCACAAUGACAAUGGCUAUCCAGCCAACGGGCACACCAUCCCUUACCCCCCUCCGCCACCCAACAACACGCAGGCAAACACGCCCAUCCCCCUCCCCCUCCCCAUCCCCAUCCCCAUCCCCAUCCCCUCAAAGUCCAAGGUGAACGGCUUCAACUCUCACGAUGCCCACUACCGCCUGCCCGACGGCUGGCUCGUGCCAAUUCACCCUGCCUGGACCCGCGGCGACUUUGUCCUCGUCACGGAACACAAUACCAUUCGGCAGGGCUACCGCGUCCAUGCGGCUUUGCUUGCGAGCGCGAGCCCCUGGUUUGGGGUGCAGCGCGACCACGCUCUGAUCCACGAAGCACCAGACAUUGUCGAGCUCUUUCUCGCUUUUCUUCACUUGGGCUGUGCCAACGUCGACGCGUCCACCCUCCGCCCAAGCCUGGAACAGUACCACGCACUCCACACCAUGUUUGUGCGAUUCGCAAUUACGCGGUCCCUCUGCCUCGUGCUUCGUCAUCAUGCCAACAGCUACGCAGGUGACAUUGUCCAGACCCUUGGCCGUACUGCCACUUCCGAGAUCGUGUGGAGUUUACUUGACCUCGCGCGCCUCCUCCGCUCCGAGGGUCUUUGGGACGCCGUCCUCGACACCGACUACACUACGCAUGGUUGGAACAUCCUCCACGACCCUUGGGAGGCUCGCGUCGAGCUGCCCAACACCGAGGCCCACGCUGUGCUCCUGCUCCUCCACCGCCUCAGUGCUGUCGACGACGCACCACUGCACGAGUUCCGCGUCGACGACCGGCCCUACGUGUACCACCAGGACACGGAGGUGCUCAAGUUUCCAGCCAUCUAG